AUGGCUUCCACCAGCAAUAGAACUCAAACUGCCCCAUCAACUACUCUUUACUCUUCUUUGUCUAAAGUACCCCAAUGGAAAUACGAAGUUUUCCUCAGUUUCAGAGGUAAAGACACCCGCUAUAGUUUUACUGAUCAUCUAUAUGAUGCUUUGGUUGAGAAAGGGGUCGUCACCUUUAGGGACGAUGAGGAACUUGAGAUGGGAAGACCAAUUAAACCGGAACUCUUGGAUGCAAUCGAGACAUCGAGAAUGGCAGUCAUCAUUUUGUCAAGAAACUAUGCGUCUUCCUCAUGGUGCUUGGAAGAACUUGCAAAGAUUGUUGAAUGCAUGAAAAAGCGAGGGAUGAGAGUCUUGCCUGUUUUCUACUACUUGGAUCCUAGCGUUGUGCGGUAUCAAACGGACACUUUUGCUAAUGCCUUUGCUAAACAUGAGGAACGCUUCAAGGAGAACAAGGAGAACAUAGAGAUAGUGCAAACGUGGAGAGCUGCUUUGAGAGAAGUUGCCGAUCUCUCCGGACGCCAUUUAAAGAAGGAUGGGUAUGAGUCAAAGGUUAUCAAACGCAUUGUUGAAAAUAUAUUUCAUGAAUUGAAUGAUACACCCUCUAGUGUUUAUAAGAAUGGCCUUAUUGGAAUAGAGUCUCGUGUUGAGGAAAUUGUGGAUUUGUAUAUAGAUAUGGCGUCGGAUGAUGUUCGCUUUAUAGGUAUAUGCGGGAUGAGUGGAAUUGGUAAGACAACUCUUGUAGAAGAAGUUUUUAAAAGGAUCCGUCGUGAAUUUCAAGUUAGCAGCUUACUUAGAAAUGUUAGAACAUUUAAGUUAGCUGAUUUACAAGACCAACUCCUCAUGGAUAUGAAGUUGGCAAGUAGAAGAGGUGAAUGGGAUAUGGGUCAGCGAAUCUAUUUAACAAGCAAUAGAUUACGUAAGAAAAAGGUUCUUAUCAUUCUUGAUGAUGUGGAUGAAGAAGAACAGUUAGAAACACUAGCAGGAAACCUUGAUUGGUAUGGCGCAGGAAGUAGGAUCAUCAUCACUACUAAAGAUUACCAAUUGUUGACAAAGAAUGGAGUGCAAAACAUAUACAAGGCAAGAAAAAUGAACGCAUCUGAUGCUUUGCAACUCUUUAGUUGGAAAGCCUUCAACAAACCUCAUUAUGAAGAAGAAUUUUCAGAUUUGUGCAAUGACUUUGUAAGUUAUGCUAAAGGCCUUCCUUUAGCUCUUGAAGUUUUGGGUGCCUCCCUGUUUGGUAAAAGAAUAGAUAUAUGGAAAGCGGCUCGGGAUAAACUAAAAGCAAUACCUAGAACCAAAGGAAUUCAGGAUAUACUUAAAAUCAGUUUUGAUGGACUGGACAAAACAGAGCAAAAACUUUUUUUACAUAUUGCGUGUUUCUUCCAAGGGGAGGACGAAGAUCGAGUAGCAGAUAUAUUACAAGGUUCCAGUUACCACCCAAAGAUUGAUAUAGAAACUCUUGUGGACAAAUCUCUCAUUACUAUUUUAGAGAGAAAAUUGUGGAUGCAUAAUUUAUUACAAGAAAUGGGUUGGGAAAUUGUUCAUCAAGAAUCCCAAGAGCCAGGAGGACGCAGUAGGUUAUGGCUUUGGAAAGAUGUCCAUCAUGUACUAAAGAAGAACACCGGAACUACAGCGGUUGAAGGCAUAAUGCUAAACACGCCCCCACAUAAAGAAGAACAUCUGAAUGCUGAAGCUUUCUCAAAGAUGGAAAACCUAAAAUUUAUUCAAAUUCAUAAUGUGCAACUUCCUCGAGGCCUCUCUUAUCUUUCCAAUAAGUUACGUUUGAUGGAAUGGCAUGAAUAUCCUUUGAAGUCAUUGCCAAGGAGCUUUCAACCAGACAAACUUGUUGAACUCAUUAUGCCUCGCAGCCACAUUAGGCAACUACCCAAGGGAUUUAGUAACUUAGGCAAGCUAAAAGUCAUGGACCUUAGUGACUCACAAAACUUAAUCAAGACUCCGGACUUCACCAAACUUGCAAAUCUUGAGAGGGUGAUUUUUCAAGGUUGCAUAAGAUUGUAUGAGGUUCACCCAUCUGUUGGAGUUCUCAAGCGUCUUACUCUAUUAAAUCUGAAAGAUUGCAAAUGUCUUGAUAGCCUUCCACGAGAGCUCAAUUUGGAAUCUCUUGAAGUGUUUAUCUUAUCUGGCUGUUCAAGACUCAAUAAGUUUCCAGAGAUUGAAAGAAGUAUGACACGUUUGUCGGAGCUUUAUUUGGGUGGGACUGCCAUAGAGGAACUACCAUUAUCAAUUGAGCAUCUAACUGGUCUCACCUUAUUGAAUCUUCAAGACUGCAACAACUUAUCAGGUUUUCCGAGUGUCAUUUGUAGUUUGACAUCUCUUCAAACUCUCAUUCUGUCUGGAUGCAAGGUUCAACCACAUAAAUCAUGGCAUUCCUUGGGCCUCAUCGCUCUAUGCACAUAUUGUUUCUUUAUUGCACAGCAUCCUGAACCAGAGCCCAACUUCUUGUUGCCCCCGUCUUUGUCAGGUUUAGGCUCAUUAGUAUCUAUAGAUCUAAGUGACUGCAAUCUGGAUGAUGGGGCUCUCCUCGAUAAUCUUAGUUGCUUAUCUUCACUGCAGUCUCUAAAUUUGAGCAAAAACCAUUUUACAUCCUUGCCUGACAGCGUUUCUCGACUUUCCAAGCUUAAAUUUCUUUACUUGGACAAUUGUAGCAGGCUUAAAUCAUUGACAAAUAUUCCGUUAAGUACACAAUCUGUAAUGGCACGAGAAUGCACUUCAUUGGAAAAUUAUUCAAAUCAAGUUAUAGUGUGGACUUCAGGUGAAACAGGAUUCACGUUUAUUAACUGCCUCAGCUUGGGGGACGAUGAAGAAUGCAAACUUAGUACUGUUUCCGACCAAUUCGAGCUUGUUUAUGAGACACUUAAUGUGCGAAAUAUACACUUACAGCCAUUGUGGCAAAGAUUCAUGGAUGAGCAAAUGGAGAAAAUUGAUCAAAGCGAAGGAUUUCAUGGCUUUUUGCGUCAAACUCGAAUUCCAAAGUGGUUCACCCAUCAGAACCGAGAAGGGUCAUCUGUACCAAUUCCGCUACCGCCCGACUUGUAUGAAAAUAGCAGUUGGAGAGGAAUUGCGUUGUGUACUGUUUUUGAAGUCGAUAAAAAUUUGAACAAUGAGGACUCUGCUGUUCAAGAUUCAAAAUGUUCUCAUGAGUUUAUAUGUCGCUUGGACAUGGAUGGAGGUGUUGUAGAUUCUCCCCUGGUGUUUACCUUCCCUCACAAGUACGAUCGGCCUGGCUCGUUUGGACUUUGGCUAUAUAUAUCGCAAGCAAGGUGUAGGGAACGUUUAGAUGUACGUGGCUGCAUUAGCCCUUCAAUUACCUGCAACAACCCAAAUGUUGAGAUUAAACUGUGCGGUGCACGUUUAGUAUACGAGGAAGAUAUGGUAGAGUUUGUCCAAAAUUUGAGCCAGGGACUUUUCGGGCGCCCUGAUGACGUACUUCAACGUCAUCAAGAAUUCAUAAACUGUCAUAUGGACUAUUCCAAUAUUGGUGAAAGUGACUCGAAGCCCAGGCUGAAAAGAGAGCUUAAGACUCUGCUUUCAAUAUUGUAUCAGGGAGACCCAGCACGGAACCACUGGUACGAUUAUAUCUUUCCUCGUAUUUCGAUUCCCAGAUGGUUCGGUGAUCAAAAUUUUGUGUCCGACAUAAGAAUGCAGCUGCCUCCAGAUUUGCAUAACAAUACGAGAUGGAUGGGAUUCUCUGUAUAUGCUCUGUAUUCUGUGUACAAGCACCCAGCUGGUUCUGGUCAGGAUUCAACAAUUAUUUUAAGUUUUUCUGGUCUUUCUGUCGGGGAAGCUCCUUCUGCACCUUACAUGGCCUUUCCGCUGUCUAAAGACAUUUUUUCCGGGUCACGUCGACUUUUGGUAUUUUAUAUACCACGCGUGCUAUUUGGGUUGAAUCAGUGUAGCGAGCUUUGGGCCUCAUUCCAAAGCAAUAACGCCGGUGUAGUGAAGGUUGAAAGGUGUGGAAUCCGUCUUGUAUACGAGGAAGAUAUUGAAGAGUCUGUGGAAACGUUAGUCCAGUGCAUGUUAGAGUGCCCAGAUGAGUAUCAUGAAUCUUAUUACCGAAAUCUUUUUGCUCAAGUUGUAGAACUACAAGGCUGCGACCAUGGAAAAGAUUUUAGUUGCUCUUUCUCAUUGCAAAGGAAGCCUCCCAUGCCAGAGCUUAUUGAAAAUGUAGCAGAGGAGGGUUGUACUUCACCCGAAACAUUUUCAAAUCAAGUAGGCACUUCAAGCAAUUCAACAUCUUUAGUUUUAGCCGUACCGUUACGGGAUGAGCAAUGUGGAAGUACUUCGUCAAUAGCCAUCCUUGAAUAUUGGUUCAAAACAUACAUGCAGGACUACUACUACAACGUUAACGUUAUCGGCGCCGUAUUCAGACAUUGUUUUCCUCAAAGUGAAAUCCCACAGUGGUUCUGCCAUCAGAGAGAUAGGCCCACAGUGAGAAUGCCGCUACCUCCAAAUUUGUAUAAUAAUCCUGAUUGGAUGGGAGUUGCUGUGUGUGCUGUUUUCUCAUUUCACAAGCAUCCAACUGCCAUAAAUUUGGAUUCGGGAUUUCCUCAUCGCUUCAUGUGUCAUUUGGAAACCAACCUUGGUUGCAUGAGUCCGUUAUGGGAGUAUAGCAUCAGUGAAGACGAGGUAUUAAUUUCGUUAUACCAACGUGCAUUCCUGUGGGUGUUGUUCAUUCCACGUGGGGCGUUUUCACAUCACUGGAGUCAAGUCACUUGGGCUGAGUUCCGGUUUCUAAGCGAUAGUCCAGAUGUCUCAGCGCUCAAGUGUGGGGUUGGUCUUGUAGGCCGGCAAAAUAUGGAAGAGUUUAAUCGUACAAUUGUACAACUCAUAACCUCGGUUGAUGUCUAUUUGAAGGACAUACGUAGCUCUUGUAUGGAGGGCGCAGUCUGUGAAAGAUUGACCAUUUAUGAUGAUAAAAGGUUGCCCAUUUGCACAAGGAAAAAGAAAAGAAUGUUGCCCAUUGCUCAGGGGGAUCCACACCCACACCCACACCAUCGCUUCUACGACACGGGUUACAAAACGGGCCCGCUGGACUUUGAUGGAUGCUCUGAAUACAGUUUGUGUUUCCCUCCAAGAGAAAUCCUAUAUUGGUUCAGCCACUCUAGUAAUGAGUCGUCAGUGACAAUUGAUGUACAACCUACAAAUUUGUACGAUGACAGUGGUUGGAUGGGACUUUUUCUAUGUGCUUAUUUUUCAGUCCAUGAGGAUCAAACUGCCAUCCUUGAAAAUCCCGAUUCAGCAUUAUUUUCUCACCAACUUAUUUGUUAUUUGACAAGCAAUGUAGCUGGCCCGGAGCUACAAUUCCAUGUCCAUGGCACCACUGAAGAAGAAUUUAGGCGGUUAUAUAUAAAAGAUGAAUUUAUUUGGCUGUCAUAUAUUCCACUUGGGUCAUUACCGGAUUGGUUGAAUCAAUGCACUUGCCUGGAGGCUUUAUUCUUUAGCGAUUGGCCAGGUUUAAUGGUACAGAGAUGUGGGCUUCGUUUCUUCCACGCGCAUGAUAUGGAGGAGUUUGAGAAAAUAAUAUUCCGUUGCUGCUUGGUUUCUGAAAAUCGGGGAUUCCAUCCAUCAAAAAGCGAAAGUAGUGGAGCUAAGAAUCAACCCUGGAAAAAGGACUUUGAUCCAUGCCUUGUCUAUAACUCUUGUUUUCCUCCAAAUGACAUUCUGAAUUGGUUCAGCCAUCGGAGUAAUAAGCCCCCAGUGACAAUUCGUCUACCUCCAAAUUUGUACGAUGAUUGUACUUGGAUGGGACUUGCUCUUUGUGUUUCUUUCUCAGUCAAGAAGCAUUGUACUGUUGAUUGCACCCUUAUUUGUCGGUUGGAAACCGAUAUUGGAAGUUUGGAACGUCUCCAUAUGUAUCACUUCACUAAAGAAGAUCUCGUGCUGUUACAGCUAGGUGGAUUCAUUUGGUUGUCUUAUAUACCACGUGGCUCGUUUCCAAACUGGUUGAAUGAGAGCAGUUUCAUUAAGGCUUCAAUUAAGACCUAUUGCAGAAGUGCGGGUUCCGACUUUUGUACCAGCCUACGCUUGACCGUGAAGGAGUGUGGGUUCCGUCUUUUGUACCAGAACAAAGAGACAGAGUUUAAGGAAACAAUAAGACACUGCACAUCAUCGUUGUCAGAAGUGUGGGAUGUCAUUCAUGCCAAUGCGAAGAAGGUUAAGCAAAAUCACAUGGACAAAGCAACUGAGCCCAGUACAACCAGCAACUCUGAUGGUCUGAGGCUUGAAGAUAAGGGCAAAAGAAUCGUAGAAAAAUAACCUCUCGUCUACUUGGGCUGCUGCUUUUGUUAAUUCUUUCUUGAUUUAUCGUAAGUCCUCUAUUCCUCUA